UAGCCCGCACCUAAACCACAGUGCUCGGCCCGCUUGAGCUGAAGACUGAAACACUGAAAGAAGGAAAACAGAAGACCUGCUAAGGGAACCUCGUCGUCUCUCUUGCAUCUUCAACCUCUCAGAAAUCCCGAACCGAUCGCAUACAUCAACGGAUCGGGUUUGGAUCUGUGAGCAAAUCGGAUGGGGACGCGAAACGACGUCGUGGAGAUUGAUAGCUUGGAGGAGGGGUUGCUGUCAGAAACUGCAACCGAAGCAGAAGGUGAAGAACCAGUUCUGUAUUCAGCUUCGUUUCAGGAAACGGAGGAGAAUUUUGUGAAGUACCAAACUGCACGAUGGCUUCUCUACUCUGGGCUUUUGGUACUGGCAUGGGGGAUUGGGAUUUUUAUGCUGCUUUAUCUGCCCGUCCGCCGCUACAUUCUGCGAAAGGAUAUUCGAUCGCGGAAGCUCUAUCUAACUUCCAAUGCCAUUGUCUACAAGUAUGCAAAGCCGGUUCCAUUUCCAAUUUUCGGGGUGUUGAAGAAGGAGAAGCAUUUUUUGUUGCCUUCAGUAGCGGAUGUUGUGAUCGAGCAAGGAUAUCUGCAGUCUCUCUUCGGUGUCUACUCACUUAGAAUAGAACAUGUUGGUGUCAGAAGGCCGGCAAGCGAUGAUGUUCAUAUUCAUGGCAUUGCGAAUCCCAGUGCUUUCAGGAAGGCAGUCCUCAUGCGCCUUUCAAGCAUGACUAAUGAGGUCUUCUCUAGACAAAUUUCCACACUUGAAGAUAUUCCAAAUUUGAAGCUUCAGGGGUCCCCGUCAAAGUCUCUCAGGUAUGGGGAUCUAGUGCUGCUGCAAAAACUUGAGGAAGUUGGAAGUUCUGUAAAGAGGGUUCAAACUAUACUCGAGGAGCAACAUCCUCAAACACCAGGACCUACAGACGGAAGCGCGCGAAGAGUGUUAAAUUUGUAAUUCUGGCCUUUCACAUUCUUAGUUAGAUAUUUUUCUUCCGAACGGAAGCUGUUUGUUCAAUUAGAUACUGAAUUCUAGAAUAUCCUACGUCCUGGAUAUAGUGUGUGAGGCAGGAUAUGCAGAAGGAGGGAAAUUUCAUGUCAGGCCUUUGUUCGUACAAGUUGCACACCACUACCAUGUUAGUAUCACCUAUCUCGUCUGCCAAAUCCAGGAUUACAACCCUGCAAACGUUAUGCAUUCUUCCUACAUUUCUGCUGGUGCCCACAAACAAGGUCCUGUUGAUUCCAAAUGUACUUUGUAUCUUAUCAUUUGCAAGUAUAGAAAUUGACCCAUGUAAAGAUUCAUGAUUCUCCCUUUGGGGGUUUGUUGUGUGCUGUUCUUUCCAUGAAAAAUGUAAAUGCUUUUUUCUUUCGACCCUUCAA